GGCAGAGCAAGAUGGCGGACCUCGAAGAUGUUACGCUGGACGGGAGGCCGCUUCAAUCGCUUCGUGUGGCGGAUUUGAAAGCGGCCUUGGAGGAGCGUGGGCUUUCCAAGAGCGGACAGAAAAAUGCUCUUAUAAAGAGAUUAAAGGGGGCUCUCAUGUUGGAGAACCUGCAGAGAACCUCAACCCACCACAUUGGACUGCAGCCUAACUCUCAGAUUGGUGAGGAGAUGAGUCAGAACAGCUUUAUAAAGCAAUACCUGGCCAAACAACAAGAGCUUCUAAGGCAGCGAUUGGAGAGGGAGGCUCGAGAGGCAGCUGAAACAGACGACCAAGAGGACCAUGCUGCAGGCAACGACAGCACAACUUCUCCUGCCCCAAACCAGGAUGUUGCUCCUACGUUAGUUGACCAGCACAAGCCUCUUGCUCCUUCAGUGGGGGAGGGAUAUGGGGUCACAGCAGAUGAGACUGAGAGAGAUAGGCAGAGAGAGAAGGAGGUGCCUGGACCUCCCCCUUCUGCACCUACCUCUCUACCUGGUGCAGUAGCCUCCCUGUCUGUCCGUGUUGUAGGUGAGGGAGGGCCGACCUCCAGUCAUGCAACGGCCAAUAGCGAUGAUGAGAGUGAAGGGGGAGAAGACGACGAGGAAGAGGAGUGGAAUAGGAAUGUUCAGAGAGGCUGCCAAGCAGAGCUGCCUAGAGGCCAACCAAUAAGGGAGAGAUCUAGUGGCUCAAGGCAGCCCCCACAACACAUCUCUCCUUUAAUGUCUCAGCAGCUCAGGCAACCCACCCCGCCACCAUCACCUCCACCAGAACUUUCAUUCCCUCUUCCAGACACCCCUAAGCAGAGUCCACCUAGUCCGGUAGCACCCCCAUCUAGGCAGCGGACUUCCAGCACCUCCAGCUCUGGCAGCUCUAGUAGUGACAGUCGUAGCAGCAGCCCAGAUCCUGCAGGUGAUUCCUCGGAACGUAGGCCGGGCCCGCUGACCUUGCUGGCCCGCAAGAUGGAGUCAGAAGGGGCUUUUUCUGGAGUAGGGAGACGUGGACGUGAGGAAUCUGAAGAAUCUGAGGGUGGUGUCAUUGCUUCAGUGUUUCCAAACAAGGGACACCAGGAUGGAGCUGUGUCUGCCAUUACACAUACAGCUAAUGCUACAGGAGUUCCCUACCCUGGCUCAAUUUCGAUCACCAAUCAGGCAGUCUUAGGAACUUCUUUCCACCAUAGUCAAGGUCCUGUGGGUAUUGUAAGGACAUCUAUGAGGCAGAGAGUGUUGGAGCGUGAAAGAGCCCUAGAACUGGAGAGGCUGGAGCAUCAGAAGGCGUUGGAACGAGAAAGGGAAGAGAGAGAGCGAGCUCUUAAGGUGGAACGUGAGCGACUCGAAAGAGAGCAAGCUUUGGAGAGAGAAAGAGCUUUAGAGCAAGAGAGGCUGGAGAAGGAGAGAGCUCUUGAAAGAGAAAAAGCUUUGGAGAGAGAGAGACAGGAGAAGGAGAGAGCUCUUGAAAGAGAAAAAGCUUUGGAGAGAGAGAGACAGGAGAGGGAGAGAGCUCUUGAAAGAGAAAGAGCUUUGGAGAGAGAGAGACAGGAGAGGGAGAGAGCUCUUGAAAGAGAGAGAGCUUUGGAGAGGGAGAGAGCUCUUGAAAGAGAGAGAGCUUUGGAGAAAGAGAGACAGGAGAGAGAAAGAGCUCUUGAAAGAGAAAGAGCUUUGGAGAGGGAGAGACAGGAGAGGGAGAGAGCUUUGGAGAAAGAGAGACAAGAAAAAGAGAGACUGGAGAAAGAGAGACUGGAGAGAGAGCAAAUGGAGAGGGAGCAAAUGGAGAGGGAGCAAGCUUUAGAAAGGGAGAGACAAGAGAAAGAACGACAGGAAAGGGAAAGGGCAGUGGAGCGAGAGAGACAGGAGAGAGAGAGGGCUUUAGAGCAAGAGAGACUAGAAAGGGAAAAAGCUUUGGAACGAGAGAGACAGGAAAGAGAAGCUUUGGAAAGGGCGAGACAAGAGAGAGAGAAGACUUUGGAGAGAGAAAGAGCUCUUGAACAAGAAAGGGAAGAGAAGAGGAAGGCUAUGGAGAGGGAAAAAGAAGAGCGGGAGAGAGCUUUGGAACAAGAAAAAGAGGAAAGGGAACAUCUUUUGGAACAAGAAAGAAUGAAGGCUCUCGAGCAAGCGGAGAAGGAGAAGGCUCUGAAACGGGAAAAAGAGGAGAAGGAGAGAGAGAGAGAUAGCCGUCUCCCUCCGUGGAAACGUGGUCGUGACAUUGGGGGGUUUUCCUACUCUGUGCUUCAUCCUGCAUCCCUCUCUGGUGGAACAGAGAAAGGUGUUUUAACGGAGGGUGGGGACUUAGAAGGUGGGGAGACCCAGAGUGGAGGAAAAGAUACUGGCCAUACAGAACCUUUCCCUCCCCAGUCUCCGUCUCUCACAACGCCCCUGUCCCCCCAGUCCUCGUCUAAGAAGUUCCGUUUUCUCAGAGAUGCCCCUGUUAUGUCUCUGCCACCAUCAGCCACUGCGUCUGUGCUGAAGAGACCUCGCUACUUCUCAGACAGUCCAGUUCCAUCAUCUUCCUCUCCUCUUCACUCACCGACUAAAUCUGGGGAACUUAUUGGUCAUGUGCCACCACAGAUACCACCGAGACAAGGAUCCGUUGUUCCUGCAACCAAUGAGGCCAGUCAGCCAGAGAGCGAAGUUCUUGAGGCUGUUACUCUGAUGCCAACCAAGUCUCAGAGGGAGGAAGGUGAUGAUACUGUAGCGUCGAAAGAAACUCCUGUCGUACAGAUGGAGCAAGACAACGUAAGCAUGCAAGGUGGUGAGUCUGGUAAUUCCUCAGUUUUUGAAAAAUCCAAAGGUGAGAAAAACCAGGAGAAGACUCCCUCUGCAUCAAACCGAAUGGAGGAGAAGGAAAUUGAGAGAGGGAGGGAGGGGGAAAGAAAGAAAGAUGAAAAGAGAGGGAGACAGUCAUCCUCCUCUGGUGACUCUUCUUCGUCCGAUUCUGACUCUGGAUCCACAUCAUCCUCUCGUUCUUCUGCUUCAUCCUCUUCCUCUCUGGAAAAAACCCGCUCCACAUCAGGUGGCAGGAGGUCUGAAGAAACUGAGAGAAGUCAGUUACCUCAGGAGAAAGAGAAAAUUUGCCAGCCAAAAGGAUCGACUGAAACUCCUGAAACACACCAGCGCAAAAAACGAGGAGUUGCUGAGGAAGAGACCGAAACGAACAGCGAAGGAGUCAGCCAGACCAAGAGGCCCUGCUUAGGACUGCCACCUGACAAGAGAAAAGAUGCUGAAGAGGAGGAGACAAAGAGAGACAGUAGCAGUGAGGUGAAGGAAGCUGUCAUGGCGGAGUCUGAGAAGGUUUCCGAGAGCAGUGAGGAGAGCUCCACACCAAAGGCCUUCACCGCCCGUAGGAUCUCCCUCGGCAGCACUAAGCCUGUCCCUGGAGCCGUGAGCUCAGAGGGGGAGGCAGAGUCUGGGACUUCAGCAGGAAGAAAGAGAAGAUGGGGAUCCAGCACCGCUGUCACUGCCAAGAAACCCUCAAUCAGCAUCACUACAGACUCACUGAAGUCCUUGAUUCCUGACAUUAAACCAUGCCUGGGCCAGGAGGCCGUUCUGGAUCUUCACCCAGAGGAGACUCACCUUUCCGGGGAGGAGGAAAGCGGAGAGAGAGACAACCAGGACCUGAAGAUCAGGCGCACUGUCACACAAGUCAUCACAUCUGAGACUCAAGAAAAUGGACAGAAGGAGUCAAAGAGAGGUGAACAGGAGGAGGAAGAGGAGGAUGUGAGGGAAACCAUGGAGAGAAACCGCCAGGAGGAGAAAAUGGACGGCUCUAUCAAGAUAUCCAUGGAGAGGAGGUCACCUUCAUCUGGCCGCGAUGUUGACAUGAAGACAGUCACUCCCAGUGACACACUGGUGCGCCGCUCCAUCAGUCAACAGAAAUCUGGCGUUAGCAUCACUAUCGACGACCCAGUUCGCACCGGCAAACAGACCUCACCACCCAGAGGAAAAGUCUCCAAUAUCAUCCACAUCUGCAACCUGGUUAGACCUUUCACCCUGGGUCAGCUGAAGGAGCUGCUGAACCGAACUGGCACCAUUGUUGAGGAGGGCUUCUGGAUUGACAAGAUUAAGUCUCACUGCUAUGUCACAUAUUCAAGUGCAGAAGAGGCAGUUGCCACUAGAGCAGCCCUGCAUGGAGUUAAGUGGCCCCAAAGUAACCCCAAAGUCCUCAGUGUUGACUUCUGCCAGCAAGAUGAGCUGGACUUCCAUAAGGGCUUACUGACUGCGGAGAGGCCAGGUGAGGAGGAGAAGGGAGCGGCCGCAGCGGGGCAAGGGCGAGGUGCUCGGGGUGCCGCUCCUCCUCCUCCUCCUCCUCUAAUGCCCGAAAGGGAUCAGUGGGCAGAACGGGAACGCGAGAUGGAGCGGAGAGAGAGGACACGUGCGGAGCGGGAAUGGGAUAGGGAUAAAGUCCGAGAUUUCAGCAAACCCGGCGAGGAGGGCGCCGGGAGACGAUCGCGCUCCCGUGACAGAGAGAGGAGGCGCAAGGAGAGGGGCAAGAGCAAAGAGAGGAAAACUGACAAAAAAGAGAAAGCCCCAGAAGAGCCUCCUGCCAAACUGCUAGAUGACCUGUUCUGCAAAACCAAAACAGCUCCAUGUAUAUACUGGCUGCCUCUUACUGAAGAGCAGGUGGUGCAGAGAGAGGCCGCGCGAGCGGAGAGGAUGCGUGAACGCGAGAAGAAGAGGAAAGAGCUUCAAGAAGAAGAGGAGAAGAAGAGAGAGGAGGAGCGUAAAGAGCGGAUGAAGGCCAAUGCGAGCGCCGGAGGCGGUGAGGGCGAGAGAGACAGGGACAGAGACAAAGAUAGAGAUCGGGACAGAGAGAGAGAGAGAGACAGAGGAAGGGACAGAGAGAGGGACAGAGAAGGGGAGAAACGAAGGGAGGGUUACCGCAGGCCCGUGGGGAGCAGCGCCGCCGGGAGCAGGCGGUCACGCAGCCGUAGCGACCCCCCGCCAAGAGACAGACGACGCUAACGGGACAACCCGGAGGGGUUGGAACUCUGUGACGAACCCGCACCUCCUUCACUACAUGUGCUGUUACAGCUCAAAUGCCACCCCUGAGGACCAACGUCAAAUUGUACGCGUGCACACACACACACACCACACACACACUCUCAUACUCCCUCACGCAUAGGGACCAUUCUCUGGGUGGUGCAGAAUCUCUCGUGUAGGCCGCUGUCUGAGUCUGAGGGUCGAUAACUCAUCUAGUGUUCAUUUUCCCCAGUCUUUUUGGGCUUUUGGUGGGACUGACUGUAAAAGAUCCAUUCCUUCCCCUCCCUACACGUUUCUACACGUCGAGUGAGCGGAGCAGCUCGGCUCCUCCAUGUUCUUUUUCGGUAGCAUUCGAGGCUGUCAGCCCUUCACCUUCUCUCGCCUCAAAUUUCCUGAGGUUUACCUGUUGUCGGGGGGGUGGGGGGGUUACCUGUUGGUUACCUUCUAUUUUUUUUUUUUUUUUUUUGCUUUGACAUCUAGAUGUUGCCAACUGACAAAGAUGCCUUCGGGUGGAACUUCUCCAAAAGCUUUGAUGUGACACGUGUCAACAUCAGGUUUACCUUGUCUGCAUUCCUCUCUUGUGUUUUCUUACCUUGUUCCUGUCCUUUGUCACCCGUCCACCUCUGGCACUGUAUGGAGAAGGGGGAAAUGAUAUUUAACCUUUACACAGUUGUUUUUAA